AUGGGCGUGCGCCAGGGGCGGGGCCGCAAGGCGGGGCGCGGGAGCCGCGCUAAGGGGGCGUGGCCGGCCGGCAGCCUCCCGGCCGCGCGGCGCGGGCGGCGGCCGAUCGAGGGCAGGGGUCGGCGGCCCGGCCAGCCCGGCCCGGCCCGGCCUGGGGGGCCGUGUCCCGAGCGUCCGCCCUCGCCGCUGCAGCCUCGGCACCCGGCCGGCCGGCUGGCCAUGGAGGCCGAGCGCCCUCCGCUGCCCGUUCCGGGCUGCGGGCGCCCCCCGCCCCGUGCCGCCGGCCGGGACCCCGCGGCCGCGCCCGUAUCGGUGCCCGCGCCGCCGCAGGGCCCUGCCGUGGGCGGCGGCUUUGCGGGCUUGGAGUUCGUGCUGCCUCGGGAGCCGGAGCCGCGGGCCGCCAACCUAGGGGUUCCGGGGACGUGGGCGGGGGCGGCGGUGGGGCCCCCGAAGCCGUCGGCGCACAUCCCCGUGCCAGCGCAGAGAGCCCCCCCGGGAAAAUCCCGACUGGAUGAGGUCAUGGCUGCGGCUGCCCUCACAAGUCUGUCCACCAGCCCCCUCCUGCUGGGGGCCCCAGCUGCAGCCUGUAGCCCAGAGCCUGGCUUGGAGCCCUGGAAGGAGGCCCUGGUGCGGCCACUGGGCAGCUGCAGCGGAGACUGGGGCUGGGACCUGGCCAGCGACCAGUCCUCUCCAUCUACCCCGUCACCCCCACUGCCCUCUGAGGCAGCCCAUUUCCUAUUUGGGGAACCUGCCCCAAGGAAGAGGAAGAGCUCAGUGCAGGUCCUGUUCCAGUGUCUGUGGAAGCGGUGUGGGAAGGUGCUGAGCACGGCCUCCGGGAUGCAGAGACACAUCCGCCUGGUGCACCUGGGGCGGCAGGCAGAGCCAGAGCAGAGCGACGGUGAGGAGGACUUCUACUACACAGAGCUGGACGUUGGCAUGGAUGUGCUGACAGACGGGCUGUCCAGCCUGUCCCCAGUGUCCCCCACAGCCUCCGCGCCACCCGCCUUCCCCCGCCUGGAGCUGCCAGAGCCCCCGACCCUGUCCAGCCUGCUGCGGCCGCUGGCCCUGCCCCCAGUCCCCGUGCUGAGCUCUGCGGCACCCCCUGAGGUGUGCCACGGUGACAACACCUACCAGGGCUGCCUGGCCCCCAUCCGCCUGGAGCCACGGCCCACCACCAUCAGGACCUGUGUGCCAACCCUGCCCUCCAAGCUCGGUGCCAACCCAAGGAAGCCCCGGGGUGACGCCAAGAAGUGCCGGAAGGUGUACGGCAUGGAGCACCGGGACCUGUGGUGCACAGCCUGCCGCUGGAAGAAGGCGUGCCAGCGCUUCCUGGACUGAGCAUGCGCGCCCGUGCCCACCCCAAGCUGCUGCCCCGCUCCCCAGGACUCUGCCGAGGAGAAAAUAAGCUACCCCCAGCCCCCAGCCAGGCGCUCCUCCUGCGGCAGGGUUUGCUUUUUAAUGGUGGGGGAAGUUCGGUGACCCUGGACCCCCAGAGGUUUGUGGGGGGGGGUCCCACCACUCAAAGUGCCUCUGAAGAAACCAGCCUUUUGCACUAAAGCCAAACCUCACGGCUGUCCCCUUGGCCCGGGGUCCCUGGGGGUGGCCGCCCUCCCUGCCUGUCAGCCCAUGGACUUGUCAGGGUGCUGAUGGGCCAACUUCAGGGCCACAUGGGGGCCGGUCUGUGAUGCACUUUGAGGGGUGUCAGGGAGGGGCCUCCCCUGCCCGCACUUAACCCGAUGGUUCGAGGGCCCCGGGCGCUGACGUUUGUAUCUUGUUUGCGAAGCUCAGGUGUCUCGAGUCUGGGCCGCGCCAGGCAAGGAGAAAAAUUAAAGAUUUGGGGUUUUUCCAGAA